AUGUCUGAUCUUGGACGCAAAGACUUUGGCGAUAAGGCUGAGGAGAAGUUCACCCCUGAUUCUCAGAAAUCUCUUUUCGACAAGACCAAGGAAGGUGUUACCGACGCAGGUGACAAAGUUGCUGGCAGCGUUCAGCCAAGCGAUGAUAAAUCAAUCACCCAGAAUCUAUCCGAUUCGACUAGCACUAAGCCUGGCGAGGAGAGCUACCUAGACACCGCCAAGAAGACCCUCGAAGAUGCCGUCGAGUACGUUGAAAAAACCGCUGGUGACGUAUACAACAAAGUCGUCGACAGCACCAAAUAG